GAAAAAAUGGGACGUAUAAGAGAGAGGUAACUAACAAAAUUCCUUAGUUUCACUUGGGAUACUUGUACUGAUCCCAGCAAAACCAUUCUUUGACAGAGCGAUUAUUAAGUAGUGCCAUACUAGUGACAGUUUUUCAAUUCUUCAAAAAAAUCAUGCCAGGACCAUCAAGACCCCUUUGGCAAGUUGCCGGCAAACGCGAUUUGGAUCAGGAACGUGAGGCUCAGGCAUGGAUCGAGACCGUCACCGGCCAAAGGUUUCCCCCAGGUGUACCCUACGAGGAUGUCCUCCGCGACGGUAUCCUCCUCUGCCAGCUCAUGAACAGACUGUCGCCCGGUAUAAUAGGCAAAAUCAACACCUCCGGUGGCGACUACAAAAUGAUGGACAACCUCAGCCAGUUCCAGAAAGCUUGCACGAAAUACGGCGUCCCCGACGUGGACCUCUUCCAGACCACCGACCUCUGGGACAAGAAGAACAUCGCCCUCGUGACCACGACCAUCUUCGCCAUCGGGCGCACCGCCCACAAGCACCCCGAGUGGCGGGGCCCCAUUUUGGGGCCCAAGCCCUCCGAGGAGAACAAGCGCGAGUUCUCCGAGCAGCAGCUCAGGGCUGGGGAAGGGAUGAUAGGGCUGCAGGCGGGGCAGAAUAAGGGGGCCACUCAGGCGGGGCAGAAUUUCGGGGCUUCCAGGAAGAUUAUUUUGGGGAAAUGAGAGCGUUUUACCGGGAUUGCAAAUGUAAAUAAAUCUUAAUCGAAUAUUAUAUUUUGUGUAACUAUCAUUUG